AUAGACCAGUGUAUGAGUGGUUGAGUGAGUGUUAGUGAAUGUCUCAUGAAUUUAUCGAUUAGUCUUCACUAUAUCAUCAAACCAUUGAUUUACACAUAAAUAACACUUAUAUUUAGUUUAAUAAUCAUCUGAAUCGUGGUCACCGAAGUGAACACAUCCAGCGACACAUCCAAGCAAUCAUUUCGUAACCGAUAUCUCAUUCACGCCGUGAGUAUUGAUUGUUUGCUGUGUGGUUAGCGAACAAAUGGUUACUAAACACAGAUUUCUAAUCGUCGGAAAAGUGUAUCAAUUAUAGACCGAAACGAGUGGUGAAAAUGCCGGCCGUAAGAGGGGAUGGGAUGCGAGGUUUAGCCGUCUUUAUAUCCGACAUCAGGAACUGUAAGAGCAAAGAGGCGGAGAUCAAGAGAAUCAACAAAGAGUUGGCGAAUAUUAGGAACAAAUUUAAAGGCGAUAAGACAUUAGAUGGCUAUCAGAAGAAGAAGUAUGUCUGCAAACUGUUGUUUAUCUUCCUCUUGGGUCACGACAUCGACUUCGGACACAUGGAAGCCGUCAAUCUCUUGAGUUCUAAUAAAUACUCCGAAAAACAAAUCGGCUAUUUGUUUAUAUCGGUUCUCAUGAAUGCAAACAACGAUUUAAUGAAAUUAAUCAUCCAAUCGAUCAAAAACGACUUGUCCUCGAGAAACCCCAUUCACGUAAAUCUGGCGCUUCAGUGCAUUGCAAACAUCGGCAGUCGAGAAAUGGCCGAAACCUUCGGCAAUGAAAUUCCCAAACUGUUGGUCUCCGGCGAAACGAUUGAUGUGGUGAAGCAAAGCGCUGCUCUCUGUCUCCUACGCCUCUACAGAGCUCUUCCCGAUCUGACACCGAGUGGUGAAUGGACUUCAAGAAUCAUACAUUUACUUAAUGAUCAGCAUAUGGGUGUGGUGACAGCAGCUGUGAGUGUAAUCAAUUCACUGGUCAACCGAAGUCCCGAUGAGUACAAAGGCUGUGUAUCGUUGGCGGUGUCCCGACUCAGUCGUAUAGUGACGGCUUCGUACACCGAUCUGCAAGACUACACGUAUUACUUCGUGCCGGCGCCGUGGCUUUCGGUGAAACUGUUGAGAUUACUGCAGAACUAUCCGCCGCCCGACGACCCGGGAGUGAGAGGGCGUCUGAACGAGUGCUUAGAGACUAUACUAAACAAAGCACAGGAGCCGCCGAAGUCCAAGAAAGUGCAACACUCUAACGCUAAGAACGCCAUACUUUUCGAAGCAAUUAGUCUUAUCAUUCAUAUGGACAGCGAACCCAACCUACUGGUGCGCGCCUGUAACCAAUUGGGACAGUUCUUACAGCACAGGGAGACUAAUCUCAGAUAUUUAGCACUCGAAAGUAUGUGUCUUUUAGCCACCUCUGAGUUCUCUCACGACGCCGUUAAGAAACAUCAGGACACUGUCAUCAAUGCACUCAAGCAAAGCGCCGCUCUCUGUCUCCUACGCCUCUACAGAGCUCUUCCCGAUCUGACACCGAGUGGUGAAUGGACUUCAAGAAUCAUACAUUUACUUAAUGAUCAGCAUAUGGGUGUGGUGACAGCAGCUGUGAGUGUAAUCAAUUCACUGGUCAACCGAAGUCCCGAUGAGUACAAAGGCUGUGUAUCGUUGGCGGUGUCCCGACUCAGUCGUAUAGUGACGGCUUCGUACACCGAUCUGCAAGACUACACGUAUUACUUCGUGCCGGCGCCGUGGCUUUCGGUCAAACUGUUGAGAUUACUGCAGAACUAUCCGCCGCCCGACGACCCGGGAGUGAGAGGGCGUCUGAACGAGUGCUUAGAGACUAUACUAAACAAAGCACAGGAGCCGCCGAAGUCCAAGAAAGUGCAACACUCUAACGCUAAGAACGCCAUACUUUUCGAAGCAAUUAGUCUUAUCAUUCAUAUGGACAGCGAACCCAACCUACUGGUGCGCGCCUGUAACCAAUUGGGACAGUUCUUACAGCACAGGGAGACUAAUCUCAGAUAUUUAGCACUCGAAAGUAUGUGUCUUUUAGCCACCUCUGAGUUCUCUCACGACGCCGUUAAGAAACAUCAGGACACUGUCAUCAAUGCACUCAAGACUGAACGAGACGUUAGUGUCAGACAAAGAGCUGUGGAUCUGUUGUACGCGAUGUGCGAUAAGUCUAACUCCGAAGAGAUUGUCAGCGAAAUGCUCUCGUAUUUAGAAACAGCGGACUAUUCUAUACGCGAGGAAAUGGUGCUAAAAGUGGCGAUUUUGGCUGAAAAGUAUGCGUCAGACUAUACCUGGUAUGUGGAUGUCAUCCUAAACUUGAUUCGAAUCGCUGGGGACUAUGUUAGUGAAGAGGUCUGGUAUCGAGUCAUUCAAAUUGUGAUAAACAGAGAGGAUGUUCAGGGAUAUGCCGCCAAAACUGUCUUCGAGGCACUGCAAGCGCCGGCGUGUCACGAGAAUAUGGUGAAAGUGGCCGGUUAUAUACUGGGAGAGUUUGGAAACCUAAUAGCCGGUGAUCAGCGGUCGAGUCCAUUGAUUCAGUUCCAACUCUUACAUUCGAAGUACCACUUGUGCGCGGCCUCCACCCGGGCCCUCCUGUUGACCACUUACGUCAAGUUCAUUAAUCUGUUUCCCGAAAUCAAAGCCGACAUUCAGACGAUUCUCAAAAACCACAGCAAUAUUCGCAGUGCGGACGCAGAGCUGCAACAAAGAACGGUAGAGUACCUCCAGUUGACAUCCAUUGCCUCGACCGACGUGUUGGCCACUGUGUUGGAGGAAAUGCCUCCCUUUCCCGAACGCGAGAGCUCUAUAUUAGCCUCACUUAAGAAGAAGAAGCCGGGGAUGACUGGAGGGGUGGCCACCACUGGCAAGGAAUACAAGGGAACCAUGAAUAACAACGCGUUGAACGACAUCGCGAGUCCAGUGAUCAAUAGUAACGCGUCGGCGGAUCUGUUGGGUCUCAACAGUUCACCGCCGACUGCCGUCCCAUCGAAUCAGUCGAACGCAAGUCUUUUGGUGGAAGUGUUCGGCGACUCCGGCAUAUCAGCGAACAAUACCUCCGCUCUAAACAAUAACAUCGGCUCUUCUAUGAACUCGACGGUCGCCGGAGUGGUCGUCAGCAACGAAGAGGGCCUCAAGAAGUUGGUCUCCAAACACAACGGCGUCCUCUUUGAGAACGAGUUGCUGCAGAUCGGAGUGAAAGCGGAAUACCGUCAGAAUCUCGGAAGGAUUUCCCUCUUUUAUGGCAAUAAAACCAAUUCUCAGUUUAUGUUGUUUUUCCCAUCGAUUUCAUGCACUGAACAACUCCAGAAAUGUGUCAGCCUUCAAGCGAAACCUGUAGAGCCUAUCAUUGAUGCCGGCGCUCAAGUCCAGCAGCAAAUCAAUGUCGAGUGCGUGAACGACUUCAGUGAUUUGCCCACACUUUUAGUGGAGUUCAGUUAUAACGGCCCCCAAAGGUUCCCAUUAAAGCUUCCGUUAACUCUAAACAAAUUCUUGGAACAAACAGUUAUGGAUUCCGAGACCUUCUUCAGCCGUUGGAAGAAUCUAAACAAUCCCUCACAAGAGGCUCAGAAGAUAUUCAAAGCCAAACACGGAAUGGACGGCGAAGUGACCAAAACUAAGUUAAUAGGCUUUGGCUUUGGGUUACUAGAAAACGUGGACCCAAACCCCGAGAACUUUGUUUGCGCCGGUAUUGUACACAGUAAGGCUGUUCAAGUGGGAGUGCUACUCAGACUGGAGCCUAAUAUGCAGGCACAGAUGUAUCGCCUGACGAUUAGGUCGAGUAAAGACACGGUUUCCCAACGUAUUUGUGAACUUCUUUUUGAACAGUUUUAAUAUAUUUUACAAUAAUAUUCAUUGAAAUGAUCACAAAAACCAAACAAACACUUAAAAAACUGCGAAAUAGUUGAAACCAAAGAACCGACGAUUCUUUGAUUAAUUUUGCGUUAAAUUACAAAAAAACGAAAUAAUAAUCAAUUGGUUUGGAAGUAAUAAUCAAUAUAUGAAUAUAGUAUUAAAAGGUUAAUGAAUAUAAUAAACAUAUUAAUCGUUUUGGUUUUAGUUUAUAUAGAAAUGAAAGCACUGUUUGAGUGAAUACUAUAUUUUAAGAAAAUAUUUGUUAUUAUCUUUCGUUUAUGUUUUUGAAUCUAUUGAGC